CCGAGAUUGGAUACGGCGCACUUGAUUUGAUACGGAAGCUCUGUCCGAAAAAGCAAUUCACAUUUAUUUCCAUUGGUCAAUGUGACUCUAGUCAGGCACAAUAUUCCCAAAGCUCCCAGAUUUGAUAGACGGGAAGCUGGCGGAGCGAUAACGCUGCCUGACGAGGCUCCCCUUGGCGUCGACCGUUCCUACCUGGCCGUUUUUUAAUUACUGAUGAUCAGAACCACAAACCACAACUUACAAACCCCCCCAUCCCUUCUCUGUGUGAGCUUCAGCUCUUGCUUUCUUUUGGACCUUCUGCAUAAUCAUUAUUCGACAGCCCAUCCUCGUCCACCGUCCAGCACUAUGAUCAACUCCUGAACCCUUCCACUCGUUGUCGUUGUUGCUACGAACAGCUCUCCGACCAUGGAUCAGUCAACCAGCAGUCCCAAACCAUCUGGGAUUCCAAGACCCUCGAAAGUUUCAAGGCUUCCCGUUCCAAAAGCAGGCAGCCUGCGUACAGCUCCAUCUCGCGAGAAUCUCAAAUCCUCAACCCGACAGAGUAUCAACAAUCCUCCUCUGCGAAGCUCGGCAUCACGCGAUCAGCUAUCCGCAACUCCUGCCAAACCCCGCAUUUCUUCGACAUCCACACGAAGCAGAGAACCUAUUAUCCCUCGCGACCGAGAUGUGUCGACUGGCACAGUUAUCUAUAAUCCUACUCCGCAAACUGUUCGGCGGAAACCCAGCGGUGAUGCUUUGUUCAGGAAGCCUUCACGACCCACCCUUCGAGAGGUGAAGCCUGAGCAGAGAGAGGAAGAGGAAGAGGCAGAUGCAGACGAGAAUAUUGGGACAGUCAUCGAGGAGGAGGGUCAACAUGAUCUCCCUCGAAGGCCUCGCCCUUCUUUAUCGGAGCGAACAAUGGAGACACUACAGAACAUACCAUCUUCUCCUGCAGUGCGGAAUAGACGAUCGAGUUUUUUCAAUAGCGAUAGUCCAAUGCGGCCUCCAUCUCGCUCCGUGAGCAGACCGACAUCAAGUGCAGGCUCAGGCUCUGGUUCCGGUUCUGUUUCGUCCUUCCCAAUAGACUUUCGAGCUUCUACGAAUACCUUCAGACCUCCACAAUCUUCAAUAUCAGCCCAUACUCCCAUGAAGCGUCCUAGUACUGCCAAACCUUACAAGACUCCUUCGACUACUCGAAGUACUGUUCCUCCUGCUGAUACCCAGCCCAAGGUCGUAUCCAAUUUUAGUUCCUCUCUUCGCCAGAGAUCGCCAAGUCCAGUAAAAACUGUUGCUCCACUUCCGAGCAUAAAGUCUGGAAGUAAGACGUUCUCUGCUCGUUCUGUGAAACCUCGUGCAUCUCUCAAUGGAUUGUUCCGGAAGCCAUCUGUGCCCUCUUUGAACCAGGCCGGGGAGCUCGAUAGAAUUGGAUUUGAGAAGAAGGCUGCUACGUUCUCCAACAGCUCUUCAGAAGCUACUUCAUCUGCUUCUAGAUCUUCGAAGGCGAAUAGCUCCUUGACCACAGUUUCUAGCGAGGAUGCACCGACACCAAGAAAGUCAUCACUUGCUUUGCGGGAUCAGAUAGCCAAAGCUAAAGCUGCGAAACGAGCUGCUGCGGCAAAGCAAGUAGCUGCAGGAGGCAGCACCGAAGAGGAGGUCCCGGUCAUUCCAACUGGUACAUUUGAUUUUGGCUUAUCAGAUGAUCCCUUCAAUCAACAGAAGCUCGAUGAUAAUUUCAAAGGACUUCUCCGGAAACGAAUCGACGCAGCUCGUACAGAUGGGAGACUGAACAUUGCAGGCAUGGGAUUCAAGGAGAUACCCGAAGAGGUCAUGAUUAUGUAUAAUCUUGAAGCAAUUGGCAAAGGAGGAAGUGCUUGGGCUGAAUCUGUCGAUCUCACCCGGUUCGUUGCUGCUGAUAAUGAGCUUGAACUUCUUUCUGAUGAUGUAUUUCCGGAUAUGGAUCCACGAGAAAGCACGGAUGAUGAGGAAGCUAAGGGUAACCAGUUUGGAGGAUUGGAAACAUUAGAUUUACAUGGAAAUGUGUUAAUCGCUCUUCCUCGUGGUUUAAGAAGACUCGAAUUGCUGACCACGCUGAACAUCUCCAACAAUAAACUUGGCAAUGAUUGUUUUGAAGUGGUGUCACAAAUUCCCUCGCUGCGAGACCUCAAGAUUGCCGGCAACGGAUUGACUGGUCCAUUGGAUCCAAGUGUCACGAAUCUUAAGAACCUCGAAAGCUUGGACUUGCAGCGUAACGCUUUGAUCUCCUUGCCUGAAGGUCUAGCAGAACUUGUACGGCUCCGAGUACUCAACAUCACAGAGAACAGCUUCACAUCUCUGCCUUUCGAGACUUUACGUCAUUUACCCCUCACUGAACUCUACGCCGCGAAGAACAAGCUCACUGGCACUUUGGUUUACUCCGAAGUAGAUGAGCUAUCCCUUCUUCAAAUUCUUGAUGUCACGAGUAAUUUGCUGACGAGUCUCGACAAUGCUGGCCAUUUACGACUUCCAGCUCUCCACCAACUGAAUUGUUCAAUAAAUCGCUUGACAAGUCUUCCAGAUAUGUCAUCUUGGAUUUCUCUUCUUACUCUCGCUGCUGAGGACAACAACAUUGCAGCUAUUCCUGAUGGUUUCACUACGCUGCCAAAGAUUAGAAAUGUCGAUUUCACAGGCAACAAUCUCAGAGUUCUUGAUGAUCGUAUUGGAGGCAUGGCUAGUCUUGAUAUCUUCAGGAUCAGUGGCAAUCCACUCAGAGAAAAGAAGUUCUCAGGCAUGACGACUGAGGAUCUCAAGCGAGCACUGAAAGCACGCAUGGCACCAGAGGAGGUCGAAACGAUUGAUAAAGAGACAGACGGAGAUGGAACCUUUUACUCUGCGCCAGUGUCCCCAAUUUCACCUCGACCUUCAUCUUCGGAUUGGCCUGUCAAACCUGGUGGAGUCCUCGAUCGUUCGGGCACGCAAUCACAUUCUCUCAACCCUGUCGCAGCAGCAGAUGUGGCUGCCAACAAUGCAAUCAAGGUAUUGGAAUUACAUCAUAACAUGUUCAAGGAGAUUCCAAGCUCUAUUGCAUUCUUUACCACUACUCUGACGACAUUGAGUGUUGCUCACAACGAGUUGACCAGCGAUACAUUUCUCAAGGACGACCUUGAAUUACCAGCAUUGAAGGAACUGAAUCUGAGUUCAAACACUUUCAAUUCUCUCCAGCCCCUGAUCCAACACCUCAAAGCUUCACAAUUGGAACGACUGGAUAUCAGCUUCAAUCGCCUAACUUCGCUACCUACGCUGAAACCACAUUUCCCAAAUCUGACUACGCUUCUUGCUUCAAACAACACAAUCAGAGAGUUAUCACCGGAGUCAAUCAAGGGUUUGAGGACCGUGGAUUGUGCGAGCAACGAAAUCAACAGCUUGAACGCUCGAAUUGGAUUGUUAGGAGGAGCGGGCGGCCUGGAGCGACUGGAUGUUAGUGGUAACAGAUUCCGAGUGCCGAAGUAUACGAUUCUGGAGAAGGGAACUGAAGCAACUCUUGCAUGGUUGAGAGACAAAAUUCCCGCAGGCGAAGCGAGCCCUCCUACUACGGAUGUUGAUUAAAAUGUUUAAAUGAGUGUCGAGUAUUGGUAUACCCAGAAUUAAGCGGGAGUUGAGUUUUGGUUAGGGAUGGGUGGAUUCAAUCCUUUCAAGAGGCAUCAGGUUCUUUCCGUAUACUUAAUCAGGACUUCCUGUAAUGGCAGUGUAGAUAACUUGUAAUGCAAACAUCCUUCCAC